AUGUCUCUCCAAAGCACUCAGGUCACCAGCGGCUGGACUUUUAGACAGCACCAAGGGCCUUCUGCAGAAUGGCUGUCGGUAGCAAAAGUACCGACGCAGGUUCAUAUUGAUCUGCUGGCCAACCAAAAAAUCCCAGAUCCCUUCGUGGACCUGAAUGAACGCGCCGUUCAAUGGAUUGGCGACAAAGAUUGGGAGUACCAAGUUACGUUCAAACCUGAGCCUACUGAGGGUGAAAAUGUCACGAGAGACUUCGUCUUCAGUGGUCUUGACACAUUCGCAACAGUCUAUCUUAACGAUGACAAGAUACUAGAGACGGAAAACAUGUUUGUGUCUUACCGCGUCAAUGUCACAGACCGCAUCAAACCCGGAUCCGACAAUGUGCUUCGUAUAGUCUUCCGCUCCGCCAUUGCUAAAGGCGAAGAGCUCAUCAAAGAGCACAGCCAUGAGCACAAUUUCCUAGUCAGGCAGACUGAGAGGAGUCGUGUCGCGGUACGCAAGGCUCAGUACAACUGGGGCUGGGACUGGGGCCCAAUUCUCAUGACAGCGGGACCUUGGAAGCCCGUCACUCUCGAGACGUACGUUACAAGGAUUGACGAUAUCUGGGCUCAAAACGAAGUCAGCGAGGAUCUGAAAUCUGUUUCGGGCUCUGUUGUCACUCAUGUGACCGGCAAUUUGAGCAAAGAUGACCAAGUUUUAAUAUCGUUAUCGUUGGAUGGCCAGACAGUGUUCCAGCAGGUAGUCGAUGUUACGGACUCUGCCUUGGCCAAGGAUGGGCUAAUCAAAGUUCCCUUUACACUUGAAAAUCCGGAACUUUGGUAUCCAAAGGGAUAUGGAAGCCAGCCCCGGUAUCUCCUUCAAGCUAAGCUUCAGAACAAGAAUUCUACUUCCAACGAGAUCGACAGCAAGUCAAAGCUGAUUGGCUUCCGUCGCACAGAACUGGUUCAAGAAGUAGACGCACAUGGCAAAUCGUUCUACUUCCGCAUCAAUAACGUUGAUGUAUUCGCUGGCGGCUCAUGCUGGAUUCCAGCAGACAGCUACCUCGCCGGUGUUCCCCCUGAGCGCUACUAUGAGUGGGCCAAGCUUAUGGCAGAGGGCAACCAAGUCAUGCUGCGAGUCUGGGGAGGUGGCGUGUACGAAGAAGAUGCACUCAUUGAAGCCUGCGACGAGCUUGGCAUCUUGGUGUUUCACGACUUCCAAUUCGCGUGUGCGUCUUAUCCUGCUUACCCAUCCUACCUGAAGACUCUGGAAGAAGAGGCGAGACAGCAGAUUAGACGUCUGCGAGCGCAUCCAUCUGUGAUGGUUUGGGCAGGAAACAACGAAGACUACCAGGUCCAGGAGAGGUAUAAGCUGGAUUAUGACUUUGAAAACAAAGACCCAGACUCAUGGCUCAAAUCAUCGUUCCCGGCCCGGUACAUCUAUGAGCACUUCCUGCCAAAGUUGGUCGAAGAGGAAGAUCCAGGCAAGAUCUAUCACCCAAGCAGCCCCUGGGGUGAUGGAAAGCCCACCGCUGACCCAACUGUUGGCGACAUCCACCAAUGGAAUAUCUGGCACGGUGCCAUGAAUAAAUACCAAGAAGCAGUCGGCAUGGGCGGCCGUUUCGUCAGUGAGUUCGGCAUGGAAGCGUAUCCUCAUCUCAGCACCACCCGUCGCAUGGCCAGCGAUCCCGCCCAGCUCUACCCCGGCUCCAUGGUCCUCGACUUCCAUAACAAGGCCAUUGGCCACGAACGCCGCAUGAUGAGCUACGUCGUGGACAACUUCAGGCCCCGCCACGAUCUCGGCGGCUACACCCAUCUCACGCAAAUUGUGCAGUCUGAGACGAUGCGCGCCGCGUACAAGGCCUGGCGGCGACAAUGGGGCAAGCCUGGCGCCCGGCAAUGCGGCGGCGUGCUUGUGUGGCAGCUCAACGACUGCUGGCCGACCAUGUCUUGGGCUGUGGUGGAUUACUACCUCAUCAAGAAGCCCGCAUACUACGCCAUCUCCCGAGCGUUGCGAUCCAUCGAUGUGGGCGUACACAGAACGUUCCACGACUGGACUCAGACAGGAUAUUGGGUUGACGAGAACUCCGGUCUCGUCACGGGCCAGGUCGACCAGACUCUGCCUGCUCGCAAGGGAACAUUUGACGUCUGGGUCGUCAGCAGCAAUACAAAGCCCGUCGAUUUGAACGUCGUUGUGCGCUUCAUCUCCGUUCGUUCAGGCAAAGACGUUUCCGACCCCAUAAAGUCAACAAUCACCGCUUCUGCCAACUCCACAACCGACAUUCUCCAAGGCAAGGCACUCCCGCCUUCAAUCCCCAACGCCGACGACCUUACCAAACCCUUUUCCGUUUCCGACUACGAUCCAUACGUCGUCCACGCCAUCAUCACGGACGCUGCCACCGGCGCCCUCAUCGCAACAGACACCGCAUGGCCCGACCCCAUCAAGUUCCUCGACCUAUCCAACCGGGGCAUCACAUUCGAGGUUUCUGCCGCAAAGGAUGAAAUUGUCAUUGCUGCUGAGAAGCCCGUCAAAGGAUUCGUUUUUGAAGAGGUGGAGGGCUUGAAGCUGAGUGACAACGGCUUUGAUAUCGUUCCCGGGGAGAAGCAGACUGUGAAAGUGGAGGGAACUCUGACGGCAGACCAGCUGCUGUGGACGUGUAUCGGGGCAUCCGACGCAUCGUUGAAGAUUUCUGAUGCGUCUUCAUAG